AUGGGUCGUGUGAAAUACAUUGCUCGUAGAAAGAAGAAAACAACCAACUCGCCUCCUAACCAACCUGCCACUCGCGCCAGGGACCCUUCAACUAAUCGUCAGCCUAUAAACUUCGCACUGCCUGACAUUCAACCCAAAGCUAGGCCUCACGAUGGCCCUCGAGCUAAAGACGAAGUCGAGUGGUAUCUUGCACCUCCUAGUGUUAUAUCAGCUAGGACGGAGUACUUCCACACGACAAACCUGGUCGCUGACAACCUGGCCGCUGACAACCUGGCCUUCACGCGAAGAGUCGUACCUUCCAAAGAUGCCUUCAACAUCUACACUAACAUUGACGUCGAAGCUCCUGUGAGCAGGAAGAGAGGAAGCAGACGACACCCUGGGGAGAGCAAUAGUGACCCCUCCAAGAAAAAAGCUCGAACAGUGGACCCUCCAACACCAACACCUUCCAAGGACACGACCCCUCCUCCAGCUCCUCGCAACCCGACUCCUCUAGCUCCUCGCAACACAACUCAUCCUGAGCAAUCAAGAAAAACUCAGGGUGUUCUGACCAUGAGUACUAGUUGGCGUCACUCUAAGGAGACUGAUGCCAAACAUGUUGAGGAGAUCAAAUCAUGCGAGGAGAGGGCUAAAUUGUGCGAAGAGAAGGCCAAAGCAUACGAAGAACAUGUCGCCUGUCUGAGCGAAGAGCUGAGAAGAAGCCAAGAAGCAGUGGUCAGAAUUACUGCUAGCAAAAACCAGUUCAAAGAAGCUUCGGAGAUUAACUUCAAAGAAGCGUCCAAACAUCAGGAUGAGCUAGUGGCCUGCUGGCAGAAAGUCACCGAGCUGGAGGGGCGAGUCAAGUUGCUCGAGGAAACAAACGCUCGGAACCUGGAGAAGUUCAAAGGGGUAACUUUCAACUGCUUCUAUUUAUUCAGGAAGAACAAUCCAGAGGAAAACUUCGACUACCUUCCUGAGCAUGCAAGGAAACUCGAGCUGACGAGAUGCGCUGCUCGCCUAGAAGAGGAGAAAGCCCGGGAAUCUCCUGAAAUCUCCUCGGCAACAGGCAUCGAAGGUGUUGAAGAGGAGACGAGGAUCACAGUCGACCAACAAUCCCAGCCAGAUCCUCUCGCUGCUCUUGCUGCUUAG